AUGAAGGAUGGAACCCAAGUUGCCAUUAAGAUGAUUGAUCUUGGUGCAUUGAAAAACUCUGGCCAGACCGAGGAUAUGGCUGGCUUUGACCAGGAGGUAGCAACGUUGAGCAAGUGCAACGCUCAGCAUAUCAGCAACCUGCCAAAUGUUUGUAAGACCAAGGAACUGAGAGGGGCUGAUAAGACUCAGUUAUGCCCGCUAACUAUUUGGGAGUUUACAGUUGAAGGUUUAGACUAUGAAGAUGUGGAAGUCAGAGCUGGGAAUUCUGAGAUGAGGUAUGAGCGUUUGAGCGCCCUGUCGGAUGCGGCCUCGGGCUUGUCCCACAUGCACAAUUCGAAUCCAGAGGCUUUUCAUCGAGACAUCAAGAGUGCCAAUAUUUUGCUGGAUAGGCAUGGUACGGCCAAGAUGGCUGACUUUGGCCUGAGCAUCACGUCUUCAGCAGCCGCAAAGAGCUUGAAGGCUGAUCAACCUUUGCGCGUGGAUACGAUCAGUGGCACGCCUGGAUAUGCAUGCCCGAUCUAUGCUCGCACGGGGCAGGUCACGGAGUUCAGCGAGGUGUACUCUUUCGGCAUGGUGAUUCUGGAAGUUCUCACAGCAAUUCCACCGGCGAUGGCGGACAGUGGAAAGCCAGGUGGUAUUGGAUAUCCGAUUGAAGACAGGAUCAAGCCGGGUGCAGAUGGAGCCCUUGAGCGAUGCGUCAAGCACUGA